AAGGGAAUGCGCAGAAGCACGUGGAUUUGUUUAGACGACUGUCAAGCCCCUUUCGUAGCGCAUUUACAAAGUCCGUGGGGUGCUUCCGGUAAGCCCCGUAGCUGGCGGCGCUUUCCCGACAAACGAUACCGGGGGCCAACGGGGGCGACAAGAUCCACUGUCUACUUCCCUCCCCCCUCUUCCCGGUCAGUCGGCGUCCCUCUACCCCGUCCUCACUUUCCCCACGACGUUACACCUCCGAUGCAGAGACAGAGACAGAGACAGGGGCAGGGGAGUGACGACGGCGACGAUGCCCGGCGAAACGAGCGAUGGAGGAGGGGAAGACAUCAACGGCGGACAAGGCCGCCAUAUUGAAUCACUCUCGUUAAUUUUUGCGCAGAGGCGGUGUGAAUUUUUUCUCCUUGCGCGGAAGGUAGCAGCUCAAGGUUGUGUCUGGGAUUCACGAUCGUGACAAUCGUUUACGCGGUUACCGUUGGUACGCGUCAUCCCUUCGAGCUGUAUGUAUUGUUUUCGUGUUGUUAUACAAACUAAGUAAAGUGAAAAUCACGGUAAACGAUGUAUGGAUAUGCUACGCGAAAAAAAUUCAUGAAAACAUGCGGAAAUCGUGCGUGCACGAUCGCGAGACAGUGAAGUGUGCCUGUGAUAGGGAGGGAUACUUGAGAGAAGUGAAGUGUAUGCGUAUACUGACUGCGGUAUGUGGUGUGCGCCAUGUCAUUGUACGUAAGCGAUAGUAUAGAGUAAUAUAUCGCAGAAUGAAGUGAAGUGGAGUGGAAAGCGACCGACCACUUUGCCUACCUAACUGUCUACCUAAUAGCGUGCCUGCUUGGUUGUUGCAGCCUAUCUACUAGUCUGCCCAUUUAUUUGUCCAUUUUGUGUAUAAUUGAUUUUAUCAAAGCGAUUUACACAAAUUUGGACCAUCUCUUGAUUGAUCUCUUCUCAGAAUUGCUGUAUUUGAAAGAAUGGAAGCCAUGGAUUUGGACGGGGAUGCGGUAGUGGAUUUGAGUGUUAGCAGUAGCAGGAGAAAUUCUCCCUCGAUCACUGUUAAUUCUGCAGAUGUAGGAGUUCCAUUAGAUUUAGGUAUUCAUUUCUCUUCGAAUCCUAAUGUGGACAACAAUAUGCCAGAAGCACGAAACAUUCAAAAUGCAGCAAGAGGCAUUUUAGCUCCUAAAUCUGGAGAUGAUAGAAAAACACGCCGCAAUCUUAGACCUAGAAUUGAAAUAAGUUAUGCAGAAACUCCAGAUGAACGUAGAAUAAAUGGUUAUGUAAAUGGAAAUGCAGACAGUGAUGAAGGUGAUAUGCCUCCUUUGCCUCCAAUAAAAGAAUUAUCAUCAGAUGAGUUAGCUGAACGAGAGAGGACACUUAGAAAAUUAAGGGAGGAACUUAGAUCUGAGGAAAUGAAAUUGGUAUUAUUGAAAAAAUUAAGACAAUCUCAACAAUUAAAAGAAAAUAUUGCUGCUGUACCUAAAGUACCCAGUAAAUUACCACCACCAGUUACAGUACAACCAACUCCUCAUAGUCAUAGAACAGGCAAAGCGCCACCACCAUUGCUUAGAGGACAACCUGCACCAAGCAGGAGCAGUAGUUUACAUGCACCACCACCUGGAAUGUUACUACCACCUACAGUUGGUAGAAGUUCCACUUCUAGUACUGGAAUGCCACCUAAUAUGGUCAUACCACAACCACCUCAUCCUAGGGGCAGGCCUCCUAGUGCAACAUCAAACGUAUCAAAUUAUCAUGCACCUGCAGAUCGAACUGAAAGAUCCACAAAAGAUCCAACACCUACACCAGCACAUCAAGUAAGUAAGCUGCUUGUUGGAUCUCAAGAAAAUAAAACCACCGCAUCCUUAAGCACACCUGUGAUUUCAGAACAGGAAAGACCGAGGGAUGAUAAUCAGACACCUGCACAACGUCAAGCAGCUGCUAAGUUGGCUUUAAGAAAACAACUUGAGAAGACUUUGUUACAAAUACCACCUCCAAAACCUCCACCACCGGAGAUGCACUUUGUGCCAAAUCCGUCUAAUACGGAAUUUAUAUAUUUAGUGGGUCUGGAGCAUGUAGUUGAUUUCAUCACUAAAGAACCUGCUAUUCCACCACCUCCAGAACCUUUCGAAUGUACUCAAUGUAAAACGGAUUUCACACCCGUAUGGAAAUGGGAAAAGCCUAUAACUGGUGGUAAAAAAGAAGGUCCACGGGUGCAGCAUGCAACUUUUCAAAGACCACCAGCAGGUCGCGAUCCUAGAGUUAUAUGUGAACAUUGUGUAACAACUAAUGUUAAAAAAGCUCUCAAAGCAGAGCAUACUAAUCGAUUAAAGACAGCAUUUGUAAAAGCAUUACAACAAGAACAAGAAAUAGAACAAAGGUUGGCACAAGCAGCAUGUCCAAGUCCAGAUCCACCAGCUCCUAAACCAGUUCCUAAAGCAGCUACUCCUACAAGAAGAGUAGCAACGCCACCAGCCCCCCCACCUCAAGUUCCACCAGCACCAACGCUAGCACCAACUCCACCAGCACCUAAGCUACAAGAACAUCCCUUGGUUAAAUUAGCAGAAAGUGGAAAAUUCAGUCCACAUCAUGCUGCUGCAGCUGCUUUGCAACAACAGUUGCUUAGAGAACUAGCAAAAAAUCCUGUACCAGGUCUGCCACCUCAUCAACCUCUUCCUGCUCAUAUGAUGCCACCAUUUACCUCGAUAUUAUAUCCUUAUCAAUUAGCGAUGGCGCAAGCUGGUGGAAAAGGUCUCGCAGAAUUGCAACGACAAGCAGCAGAUUUGCAACGUCAAUAUCUGCUUGAUAUGAUUCCAUCACAAGCAUCUCAAGCACAGGGUAAUCAGGCUCCACCUCGAGCCCAUCCACACAAUUGGAAAACGUAACCGAACGCAUUUAAACAUCGACCACUAAACGCAAAUAAAUGAAACUGUAGAGCUGUGUUAAGAAUAUUGAGAAGCAAAGAUACUCAUAUUCUUUUUCCACAAUAUCGUACUAAAUGGAAAUCUUCAAUGGAAUGUUACAUCUUUGUGACAUUUCUAGGAUAAUAUACUAAUCGAUGCAUGAUUGGCAUCUGUAUUUACAAAGUGAGCUCAAACUUGGAAGAAUAGACAAGAUAUUUCCUGUAUUAUGUGAAAAUGGGAUAUUUUAACCAUCAUUUUGUGAAUAUGCAUUGACGUGUGAGUGUGAUUUUUGAUUGUUACCUGAAAGGUUUGAUGAUUUACUUUUUACAAGACGUUUUAUCGUCUUGAAGAACUUCAACUUUCGGUUACAUAAUAUAUGAAUAAUUAUCUUAGUGAUUUCAAAAAGAGAAAAUGAAAAACUGUUCAUAAUUUAAGCUUAGCAAACAAUUUCAGAUUGAUUUCUUUAAGAACAAUAUCUGCUUUUUUCACAUUAUCUUAUGUUGAAAUUAAUAAUAUUGCAAGCGAAUAAUAGGUGAAUGUCAAUCAACUAAUUGGAUUAAGUGCAUAAUAACUCGGACGCACAUAAAUGAAUAUAAUUGCUUCAAUUAUUACAUUAUAUAUAUUAUAUCUACAGAACCAAGUGGACAUUUAUAAGGCACUAAGUAAUAAGUGUUACGUGAUUAUAAAAAAAAUUGGUUGAUUUACAAUAGUAAUAAGGGGAGAGAGAAAGAAUGCGAAAAAAAGAGAAUGUGAGAGAGAAAAUGAACACUAUGUGACGUAAAACAACAAAGUUGAAAAAAAUGGGAUCUUCUUAGGCCCUUGAUAUAUUACAGUUAUCGAUCUUUGUCGCUAGUUUGAAUAAUUUUUGUAAUCAUCGGCGGUACCUGUACUCUGUGUAUAUCUCUUUAUUUUCUUCAAACAGUGAAAUAUUUUUAAGGCGGUUGUAAUAAUUGAAAAAGAGAAAGAGUAAGAACAAGAAAGUAAACUCAAUAAGAAAAAAAAGGGAAAAAACGAUCUUUAUAAGAAAAUGUGUGUCGCUGAUAUAGUCAGCAAGAUAUGAAUGUGGGUGUGAAAGUAACGAUUCUUUUUCUUUUUUUUUUUUUCAUCAUGCAAGAGGACAAAGAAUAAGUAUUCAGUAUGUUUUUAAAAGAUAGUGACAUGAGUGUCAUUCGCGCAUAAUUUGUAAGAAUUUUGUGAUAAGAUUUUCUUGUUGAAGAAUAUGUUAAAAAAAAAAAAAAUGAAAGAUAAAAAGAAAAUCUGUCGAUUAUCAAAGAUAUAAGUAAGUUACUUAUGAUUGCGCGACUGAUUUCAUGUGUCACAUUGAUGUAAAAGUAUUUAAUGAAUUUAACACAAGUCAUAUUUACCCAAAGUUUUUCUCAAAGGAUAAAACAAAGACGAAGUGGCAGAACGCCGAGUUUUUAUGAAAUCCUUUCUUCUGAAAAAAAAAAAACAAAAUGAAAAAAAAAACUUAUCUAUACUUUACAAAAAAAAAAAAAGAAAAAAAGAAAGAAAGAAAGAGUGAAAACAAAAUCUCUCCGACACACAUCCCAAGCAAUACUUAUUACCACUCCUACUCUAAAUAAUCUGAUUUUUCAUUGAUUACUGGCUAACCAACCGAUCUUGGUCACAAUUUCCGAAUCACUAAAUAUAUAGUUAACUGUAGUCUUGAUAUUUCUCGGUAUAUACAAGUUAAUAAACUAAAAAUAGCAUAAUCAAUCUCUCUUUGUACUUCGUGAUAGAUUUUGAACUCAUACUUGAUAUACAUGUACACCGUAAUAAGUCGAUCGCAUAAUAGAUCAAGAUCUGUGUUUUAUGUAAAGGAAUCGAAGUAAUAUCAUCGUUGUCAAUUGUCAUUUUUGCCAGGACGCUACCGCUAUUAUUCUUCUGAUCGUAAAAAAAAAAAGAAAAAAAAAGAAAAAAAAGAAAAAAAAAGAAAAAAAAGAAAGAAAAGAUAAAAAUGAAAGAAGCGGAUUUAUUCAUAUUUUAUCGUCAUUACGUGAAGCCAGAGAGUGCAUGGUCAUUUAACGCACAAUAAUUAUACAUGAUAAAUAUAUUCUAAUUUAAUAUUA